CUCACUUCUUACCUUCACAUAUACAAGGCAGGUAGGGCACAGGGGUCUGGGAGUGUGUGUACACGAACACUUCACACACACCCAGAAGCAUCCACACACAGAAAUACACUCACUGUGAGUGACCCAUUGCCAUUGGCCAGGCCCACCAACCCUCUGCCUGUCAGAUCUGAAGGACAGGACCAUUUGGGAAAGGAAGAGAAAGAGGUAAGGAUGGUAACGCUGAGGUUGAUGUGGGGACUUCUGGUCCUGUGUGUGGUGGCAGCCUCUCCCCGCAGAUAUGCCAGACAAGCGGAACUAGAUAACUAUGACAACAACAAUGUGGACUUAGACAAGAAUAUGGAUGUCUAUGACUAUUACGAUGGAAUUGAUGAACCACAGAUAGAGAUUGGAACCUUGAGCCCCGAUGAAGAUAUUGAUCCUUCACACCAUGCCUCAUUGGAGGAGGAGGAAGAGGAGGAGAGAGAAGACAAGGAAUUACCCAUAAAGCCUCAGCUGGUUCCAUCAGGCUUUGGGGAGUCAGGGACUCUGAUGGGCCCUAGUGCACAGGGAGAGGAGGAGCUUCGUCUGACGCCCACUGACAUCCUUCAGAUUUCUGGGGACAUUUCAGGUUCUGGAGUGCCUUUGGGCUCAGGAGGUCCUGGGACCUCUGGUGACAUAUCAGGUUCUGUGGACUCAGAGGACCUAGGUUCUGGAGUCUCUGGGCUUUCUGGUUCAGGCAUAAUAUUGAUCUCAGGUAGAGAGGAGGAGCUCCACUUGAUGUUUGAAACCAUUCCACACGAGGCCUCUGGGGAUUUUGGGGAGUAUGGAAUCUCUUGGGUGUCUGGAGCUUCUGGGUUACCUGAGGUGUCAGGAGAGCCUUCAGCCUCUUGGGAUCUUGAGGUAUCAGGAGAACCUGAGGCCUCUGGAGUACCUGAGCUGUCAGGAGAGUCUGGGGCAUCUGGGGUACCUGAAGUGUCAGGAGAACCUGUGGUAUCUGGGCUACCUGAGGUAUCAGGAGAACCUGGGGUCUCUGUGGUACCUGAGGUCUCAGGAGAAUAUGGGGUUCCAGAGGUUUCGGGAGAGCCUGAAGCAUAUGGGGUACAUGAAAUGUCGGGAGAGUCUGGGCUCUCUAGGGUGCCAGAGGUAUCUGGAGAGUCCGGGACCUCCGGGGUGCCUGAGGUGUCUGGAGAGCCUGUGAUCUCUGGGGUGCCUGAGGUGUCUGGAGAAUCUGGGCUCUCUGGGGUGCCUGAGGUGUCUGGAGAAUCUGGGCUCUCUGGGGUGCCAGAGGUAUCGGGAGAGUCCGGGACCUCCGGGAUGCCUGAGAUCUCUGGGUUGAAUGAGGUGUUUGAAGAGCCUGUGAUCACUGUGCUGCCUAAAGUUUCUGGGGUCCCAGAGGAGACUAAACAGCCUAAGGUCACUUUCGAGUCAGGAGAAUCUGGGAGCCCAGAAGAGUCUGGGGUGACCGAGGCCCCAGUCGUCACCACUGAAAUAUUAAUACCUGACUUAGAUGAAGAGGAAGUGAUACUCCUAACUACCCCAACCACUCCCUUGGAGGGGACUGGGGGUGAAAUAGGGUCAGGGGUACCUGAUUUUGACAAAGAUAUUGAAACAGAUACAACAGGUAUGGCUACCUGUAUGCUCUGCACCUGCCUGGUUGGAUCUGUGUACUGUGAUGACCUUAAGCUGGACCGUGUUCCUCCCCUCUCCAAAGAAACCACUCAUUUCUAUGCCCGCUACAACAAAAUUGCUAAGAUCAGCAAGUCUGACUUCAUCAACCUGAAUAAAUUAAAGAGGAUUGAUCUGACCAGCAAUGGCAUUUCAAGGAUCGAUGAUGAUGCUUUUUUUGGCCUUCCUGCUCUGGAGGAGUUGAUAUUACGAGAGAACAGUAUUAGACAACUUCCAGCUCUAGCACCCUCUAUGACCCUUAUUGAUGCCUCUCACAACCAGCUGGGCAGCACUGGCAUUCAAAGAGAGGCUUUUAAGGACAUGUCGGGGCUACUUUACCUUUACUUGACAGACAACAACAUAGACCACAUCCCAGUUCCUUUGCCUGACAGUCUGCGCUCUCUGCACAUACAGAAUAACAAUAUCCAAAUGAUGCACGAGGAUACCUUCUGCAAUCCACAUGACUUGAAUUACAUCCGCAACGCUCUUGAGGAUGUUCGCCUGGACGGUAACCCCAUCAACCUCAGCAGAACCCCACAGGCCUACAUAUGUUUGCCACGUAUCCCUGUUGGUGCCCUUAUUUAAGCCGAAAAAAAUGCACACUCAAAUGCACACGUACAAAACUCACACGUAUGCACAUGCUUCAAAACUCCUCUGUGCGUACCUCUCUCUCUUUUAACUUCGGGCUCAAGCAAACACUUGGAUAUGAAUGGCUGUCUUUAAAGGAGGUUGGCAUAAAUACAUAAACUCAACCUCUCACAGGAGUUCUGGUGGACACUUCCAACUCAACGCUGCUUGUGUUUCUACCUUUUGACACAUUACAUACUUUACAUAAUUUAGGAAGUUUGUAAUCAUAUCUGGAUUUAUGACGUCUCAAACACUUGUGUGUCUAGCCUCAUAAACAGAGAAAAAGAGAACCAUGCGUAACUCAAAUACUAAUGAACAAGUGCAAAUAUGAACAAAACCGCACAAAAACCCUCUUUUGUGUGCUGUACUGGUUGCCUGUCUGGGGUUAGCUGCAAAAGCCAGCCCAAAUUGUUUAAAUAUGUUUGUUUUGUAAAUGAAAUAUUGUUAAUAUUCAUAUAGAAUUUAACAAAUGUUUAUCAUAGUUAACAUAAACUAAUUGAAGCUGGUGCUUAAUGAACUUUUUGAAAGGUAAAUUUGACUAAUGCAAUAAAAAAAGCAUUCUAACAAUUAAUUCGUUUGUAAAGUCUGUACUGUAAUAUAAAUAUAAAAGAUGUUUUUUUUAUUAUUAUUAUUUUACAAGAACUGCAAUAUUAUGGUAUAUCACAAUUCAAGCUGUUGUAAUGACCAAUGGCCUUCAAAAUGAACAUUGUAUUGGGGUUGAGAAUUGAUUGCGGGGAAUGGGGGGUAAAUAUUAGCUCAGCAUUGUGUGUUUGUAUGGAAAUAAUCACAUCUGAAUAAAG